AAAAUCUCACACCCCUCCCUCUGCGUUUUCUCCUUCCCCUCUUCGUUCCCCCAUUUCUCCCUCAACCACCUCCAAAACCCUAACCCUAACCCUAGAGCUUGGAGAUGUUUUGUCUUCGCGGUGAUCUCGCCGCGCGAAUCCGCUCUUCCACGGCAUCGUCUCGAUCGAGUAGAUCUUGAGCGCACCUAGCUAAGCAAUUAGGGUUGGUUUUUAGGGACGGGGUCUUAGGGUCAGGGUCGAGCAUAGAUGAAGGGGAGGCCAUCGGUGGUGUAGGCAAAGAGGAAACGGAGACAUGAGCUUCACAGCGGCGGCGGCGGAGGCGGCGUCGGCGUCGGCGGCGGCGGCGGAGAUCCACCUCCCGGCGGAGGUGAACUGGGAGAUGCUGGACAAGUCGCGCUUCUUCUUCCUCGGCGCGGCGCUCUUCUCGGCGGUCUCCGCCGCGCUCUACCCCGCGGUGGUCCUCAAGACGCGCCUCCAGGUCGCGCACUCGUCGCCGUCGCCGUCGCCGCUCCGCGCCGGCGCCGCCGCGAUCCUCCGCCGCGAGGGCCCGCGCGGGUUCUACCGCGGCUUCGCCACCUCCCUCGCCGGCACCGUCCCCGCGCGCGCCCUCUACAUGGCGGCGCUCGAGACCACCAAGAGCGGCGUCGGCACCGCCGCGCUCCGCCUCGGCGUCCCCGAGCCCGCCGCCUCCGCCGCCUCCUCCGCCGCCGCUGGGAUCAGCGCCGCCGUCGCCGCUCAGGUGGUUUGGACCCCGGUGGACGUGAUCAGCCAACGCCUCAUGGUGCAGGGCUGCGCCACCGCCUCCGCCAAGUACCGCGGCGGCAUCGACGCCUUCAAGAAGAUCCUGAUGAGCGACGGGCCCCGCGGGCUCUACCGCGGCUUCGGCGUGUCCAUCCUCACCUACGCGCCCUCCAACGCCGUGUGGUGGGCGUCCUACUCCGUCACCCAGCGCCUCAUCUGGGGCGCCGUGGGCUACGACGGCGCCAACGGCUACAAGCCCGAGUCCGGCUCCGUCGUGGCCGUGCAGGGCCUCAGCGCCGCGGUGGCGGGGGGUGCGGCGGCGGUGGUCACCAUGCCGCUCGACACCAUCAAGACCCGGAUGCAGGUGCUCGACGAAGGCGGGGCGAGGCCGACGAUCCGGCGCACGGUGCGGGCGCUCUUGCGUGAGGGCGGCUGGGCCGCGUGCUAUCGGGGAUUGGGGCCGCGGUGGGCGUCCAUGUCGAUGUCCGCCGCCACCAUGAUCACCACCUAUGAGUUCCUCAAGAGGCUCUCCGCAAAGGAGGGAUCUUUGUGACCCAAAAUAUGUUGUUAUCUAUCUAUAUAUUCUUAUUCUCUUCUUCUCUUUUGUAAGAUCAUCAUCAUGUACAUUAAAGUUAAGAGUUUUCUUUUUGUUAGAUAGAUCGAUAGAAGAAGAUGGAGUGGUGUGAGAGGAUGGUGGAGCACGAAGGCAUAGCAAUUUUGUGGGUGAGUAGUGUUGUUGUUGUUGUCGUCGUCGUCGUCGCCACUGUGACACUGAUGAAAGGAAUGGCACUGCAAUGGAAAAUAAGAUCGAAUGAAUUAUGAGUCCUUUGUAUGUAAAACAUAUUUAGACUUUUCUCAAAUUUUGUUUAUUUAGUAGAAAAAAUGUUUCA